AUGGAACAAUUAGAUAACCGAAAAACCUGUGCUCUUCAACGAAUCCAAGAAUUGUACCGACUAGGCGAUAAUCAAUAUCUGGAGGCAGCAGAACUUGUUGAGAAGGAAUCCACUAUAAAGGCAAGAUCGAAAAGUCCUACUCCUGAACAAGUGGAUCGUUACGGAAACUUCCGCAAUGAUAUGGGUCUGGUAAACGUUGGAUUCUAUAAAGUCACCAAGGAUCUUUCAUUACAGAAAGAGAGCAAUACAUUUCAUUUGGGAAAAAAACUCAUCGGUCGCGAUGACUUAUCUAAAUAUAUCAAGGAUAGUAUUUUUUCCCCCAUGACAAGGGAACCCGAAAAAGAUGAACGGUUACUAUCAGAGCGUGAGUUGUCCCGAAUUGAAAAGUGGAAACAAAUGUGCACUAUACAUUUUGAGUCUGGAAAUCAGCUUCAUUCGUUUCGGGUUACCAGAAAAUUAAUUCAAAGAACAAUGAAGGGAAUCCCUGAUUGCUGGCGUUCGAUAGCUUGGUGGUCAUUUUUAAUGGAUAAAUGCCCAGAUUCCGAUCUCGUCAAUCAUUACUAUGAAUUGUGUGAUAAAAUAUGUGAAUACGAUGUACAGAUUGAUUUAGAUGUUCCCCGUACUGCGGCUACUCAUUUCAUGUUUCGUAAACGUUAUAAUGGUGGUCAACGGUUAUUGUUUCGAGUUUUACACUCUGUCGCUUUGUAUCUACCUCAGGUCGGUUAUGUACAAGGAAUGGCUUCUAUCGCAGCCACUUUACUAAUUUAUUACCCCGAGGAAAUUGCAUUUAUAAUGAUGGUUAAUAUGCUGCAACGUAGAGGAAUGGGUGAUCUCUUUUCAUGUGGAUUUGAAGUCUUAUUAAAAGCGUUUGAUGAUUUGAAGAACGAGUUACAGUACCUACCGUCCGGUAAACAUUUGUCUAAUAUUGGAGCUGAACCGUCUGCAUUUGCUACUCGCUGGUAUUUGACAAUAUUUCACCAAUGUGUCCCUUUUCAUACCCAACUUCGCAUAUGGGACUUGCUUUUCCUUUUAGGGGGUAAUGAAGGACAGACUAUAAGAUUAUUACAAGCAUCAUCGCUCGCCAUAAUACGAGGAAUGUGGGAUACCUUAAUGGACGCUGAUUUCGAGAUCGUUAUGCAAGCGUUAUCAGGUAUUAUUCCUAUUCAGAACGACGAUGCUUACUUGGCCCGCAUACAACACUAUUGGCAGAAAAUGCCUUCUGAAAUAGCUUUGAAAAAAUAG